AUGCAGAAGCUGCAGGUCUGUGUGUCCGUCUACCUGUUCGUGCUGAUCGUGGCCGGGCCCGUGGACCCGAGCGAGAACGGCGAGCAGCCGGGCGACGCGGGGAGAGAGACGCCGCCCUGCAACGCCUGCGCCUGGCGGCAGAACACCAAGUCGUCCCGGAUCGAGGCCAUCAAGAUCCAGAUCCUCAGCAAACUGCGCCUGGAGGCGGCUCCCAACAUCAGCAAGGAGGCCGUCCGGCAGCUGCUGCCCCGCGCCCCGCCGCUGCGGGAGCUCAUCGACCAGGACGACGUGCAGCGGGACGGCGGCGCCGAGGGCUCCCUGGAGGAGGACGACUACCACGCCACCGCCGAGACGGUCAUCGCCAUGCCCACCGCGCCUGAUCUUCUGACGCAAGUGGAAGGAAAACCCAAGUGCUGCUUCUUUAAGUUCAGCUCCAAAAUCCAGUUCAACAAAGUGGUCAAGGCCCAGCUGUGGAUCCACCUGCGGCCCGUCAAGGCGCCCACGACCGUGUUCGUGCAGAUCCUGAGGCUCGUCAAGCCCAUGAAAGACGGCACGAGGUUCACGGGAAUCCGAUCCCUGAAACUCGACAUGAGCCCGGGCGCCGGCAUUUGGCAGAGCAUCGAUGUGAAGACGGUGUUGCAAAACUGGCUCAAGCAGCCCGAAUCCAACUUGGGCAUUGAAAUCAAAGCGCUAGACGAGAACGGCCGUGAUCUCGCGGUGACCUUCCCGGGACCCGGCGAGGAUGGGCUGAACCCCUUCCUGGAGGUCAAGGUGACAGACACACCCAAAAGAUCCAGAAGAGAUUUCGGCCUCGACUGUGAUGAGCACUCGACGGAGUCGCGCUGCUGCCGCUACCCGCUGACAGUGGACUUCGAGGCCUUCGGCUGGGACUGGAUCAUCGCCCCCAAACGAUACAAGGCCAACUACUGCUCCGGGGAGUGCGAGUUUGUCUUCCUACAGAAGUACCCUCACACUCACCUUGUGCACCAAGCAAACCCCCGGGGCUCGGCGGGCCCCUGCUGCACCCCCACCAAGAUGUCCCCCAUCAACAUGCUGUACUUCAACGGCAAAGAGCAGAUCAUCUACGGGAAGAUCCCCGCCAUGGUGGUGGACCGCUGCGGGUGCUCAUGA